GGAAAUCAAUACUUCUCCCUAGCCCGAAAUGUCCCAGUCUCGAGACCGAGGCUUGUUCCUCCUCAGCCUUAACUUCGGUACCAUCGUUGGUAUCUCCUGGGGCCUUUUCGUUAGCCAUCUCGUCUCCACCGCACACAGCUUCUACAGUCCAAACCACUGGAUCCACCUUGCCCGCACCCAAGCCUACGGGCUCUGCUACGACGGCUGCGGCGACUCCUGUCUCUUCCCAAGCAUCAUCGCCGACGCCUGCUAUAUGACGGCCAAGGUGAACCUCUCAUCAUCAAACCUAGUCUGUGACGCGAGCAAGAUCUGGUUCUGGGCCGAGCGCUACCCGAUCCCGUGUCUCGAGGCAGUGGGCGAGAUAUACAAAGCUAAUGCGCUGUGGUGGAAGAAGUUCUGGCUAAAGUCGCUGUAUAUCUUCGUUCCCGUGUUCGGGCUGCUAGCUUUUCUGGCGGCGUACUUGGUGAUUAAAUGGGUGAGGGAAAUGAGAUUCUGGGAGGGUAGACCACGUGUUACUGUGCGAAGAGGCGGGGUUGGGAUUAGAGCGCCUCUUCUUCCCCGUGUUGCGGUUGCCGCUCUGGCUUUGGCAGUCUUGCUAACUCCAGCUGCUGCGUACCCAUGCCCGAACUAUUACCCGCCGUAUGACAAACCUUUCACCAAUGUGAAUGGGACGCUGUAUGGCGUUAUCCAUGGCUGGUUAUCGGCAUGCUAUGACGAGACAUAUACGUGCGGGAAAUCUUGCACGACACCUCCAGCCGGUGGCGAAGUGACCUGUAAGCCCAUAUCUUGCACACGAUCGCGGCCGUUCAUGCUGCCAACAGACUUCGUCGACAGAGCAGCUUGGCGUGUGGAAAGGUGUGGAUUCAGGCUCGUGGACUGGGUACCGGGAGUGGUGGAUAAGAGGGUGCCGAAUCCGAGGAUUGAGGGAUCGUUGUGGGUGAAAAUUGCGGUGAGUGCAUUUAACAGCACGGAUGUGGGCGGAGAGGGGUUGGAUGAGGGUGUGAGGUGUUUGUAUGAGAUGAUAUAGUGGAUCUGCCACAUAAAUCAUAGCA